AUGGAUCAAUUCGACAAUGUUGGUAUUUUUCUUCAACUGGUGGCCAUGUUUUUGUUGCUCAUCAAGAUUUUGACCACAUGCGACUGCACAGGUAUAAGUGGCAGAACCCAGGCACUGCUGGCCCUGUCGUUUACCUCGAGAUUUCUCGACGCCCCGUACGAGUUCGAGGAGCACAGGCCGAUCUUCGUCGUCAAGUCCAUGUUCGUCACUCUCUCCUACUCGACGCUCCUGUUGAUUUAUUACGUCUGGAGGUCUACCUAUCAACGUGACCUAGACACCUUCAGAUGGGAACUGGCGACCGGAGCCUGCAUGACCCUGGCGCUUCUCUCGAGCACGCAGUACUGGGACAGCCUGGUGACGAUCAUGUGGUACUUCAGCGUUUACAUCGAGGCAGUGGCCAUUUUCCCGCAGAUACAGCUGAGUCAGAAGACCAAAUACAUCGGCCGGUCGCUGUUCGCUUACGUCGGCCUCUUCGCCUGCUACCGCUUCUUCUACAUCGUGCACUGGAUCUAUCUGUAUCUGGUGAUGGGUCAGCUGAGCGAUCCGUUCCUCAUGGUGGCCGGCACUGCCCAGUGCAUCUUUACCAGUGCCUACUUCGUCUGGAUGAUCAAGGCCUUCAAUUCGCAGUAUCACAGCGAGUAUCCCUACGUCGUGCGCUACGAUCUCGGUUCUCAGGAAUGCGACGAUUUCAAAGACAAGGACUUGAGCGUCAUCGUAAAAUGA